GACACAACAUAGUCCAAAUUAAAGCAAUAUAAUUUUUAUCCACCAUUAGUGUGACCCACCAAUCUUUAUGGCUAGAGUUCUUCAAAAUCCAAUUUCCCACUUCUUAACAACUUCCAUUCUUUUUUUCUUCCUCACAAUUCCGUCCAUCCAAUCGAAUUAUGGCUUCGUGAAAGUCGUUAGUGAAAAUAAAAUCAAGCUCAAGAAAGAAAAACUAAGCCACCUUCGCUUCUUUUGGCAUGAUAUCUUCACCGGCAAAAAUCCUAGUGCAGCCACCGUGGUGCAGGCACCCUCCAACACAUCGCGCACGUCUUUUGGGCGGAUUGUUGUAAUCGAUGAUCCAUUGACCGAAGGGCCCCAAUUGAGCUCGAAAAUAAUUGGUAGGGCACAAGGGUUGUAUACUUUGGCGUCACAACAAGUAGUUAGUCUAUUAAUGGCUAUGAACUUCGCGUUUAUUGAAGGCAAGUAUAAGGGAAGCACGAUCACCGUGCUAGGAAGGAACCCGGUACGGGAUAAGGUUAGAGAGAUGCCGGUGAUCGGAGGAAGUGGUCUUUUUCGAUUUGCUAGCGGUUAUGUUCAAGCCAAGACUUACAAGUUUAACAUGACAUCAGGUGAUGCCACUGUUGAGUAUAAUGUUUGUGUGUUGCAUUAUUGAUGUCUGGCCUGUUUUUUCUUCGUGUACAAAUGAAAACUUUUAAUAAUACCAAUCUACUUUUUUCUGAGUGACUUUAGAUUUUAAGUUCCAAGUUCGGAGUCAAAGUUUUGAGACUGGUAGAGAAGAACAAAAAAAAAAUUCAAUAAUGAAUUAUUACUGUUGGUCACUUUUUAUAAAUCUUGCUUUUGAGCUAAAAAUAUUUUUGUGAAUUUAAUUUAGACAUACGCGGUGAUCUUUUUUAUUUUUUUUUACCUGGAUAAGAAAUAUGUUUACACUCACUUUUGCUCCUACGAUAGACUUGAACUCUCAACAUUUUAUUUUAGAGG